AUGUGGAAUGUUAGGGAGCUCAAUAGGAGAAGGAUGCAACUUGAGGUCCUUUCCUGGUUGAGCAAGUUUUCUUUGGCCCUGGUGUGUUUAGUAGAGACUAGGGUUCAAAGGGCAAAGUUUAAUUUGAUCAGUAACAAAAUUAGAGCAAAUUGGCAAUGGUGUAAUAAUUAUGAUGCUGUGGAUGGAGGAAGAAUUUGGUGUGGGUGGGAUCCUUUGAAGUUUGAUAUUCAGAUUGAUGAUAUUCAAGCACAGGUUAUCCUUCUUAAGGUUAAGGUUAGAAACUCUGAUGUGUCUUUUUGGGUCAGUUGUGUCUAUGGCAAAAAUACUGCUGUAGAAAGAAAGGAAUUGUGGAGAUGUCUUCUGGAUAUGGCUUCUAGGAUUACAGGGGCAUGGUUACUUGUUGGUGAUUGGAAUAUUGUUAGAUAUAAUCAUGAAAAGAUUGGAGGGAAAACUUUAUCAAUUAGGGUGUUGAAGGAAUUCAAUGAUGUUAUUGACCUCUUAACUCUUGUUGAUAUUCCUGUCCUUAAUGGCACUUAUACAUGGUGUAAUAAUAGACAAUUUUCAAGGAGAAUUUAUCUUCAGCUGGAUAAAGGGUUGAUGAAUGAAGAUUGGAGUGAACUUUUUCCUUCUUCUCAAAUUGAACUUACUCCACCUUUAGCCUCAGACCAUUGGGGGAUACGUGCACAAAUUCCUUUGCAGGUUGCUUCAAGUCCAAAACCCAUUAGCUUUUUACAUUUGUGGAAUGUUCAACCUAUGGUUAAACAAGUGGUGGUUGAGGCUUGGCAAAUUGCAGUGUCUGGAGAUCCAAUUGCUAAGGUUAUUAAGAAGCUGAAAGGGGUGAAACAGGCUAUUAAGGAUUGGAAUACAACCAAAUUUGGUUCAGCUUUUGAAAGGUUAAUUACUGCUAAAAAGGAACUUGAGGACUAUCAGAGAGAGUUAUUCCAGUUUCCUUCCAAUGAAAACCUUAUUCAAAAAGAGGAUGAUGCUAGAAGAGAGUAUGACACUGCUCAGUCCAAUGAGGAGCUUUUGCUUUUACUGAAGGCUAGAUAUAUUAGGAAUGUUUUAACUCCUGAGGAAGCAGGGCAUCUUGAGAGACCUAUUACAAGGGAGGAAGUCAAGAAUACUAUAUUCUCUAUGGGAGCUGAUAAAGCUCCAGGCCCAGAUGGCUUUCCUGUGAAAUUUUUCAAGGUUUAUUGGGAUACUGUUGGGGAGGAUGUUAUUAAUGCAGUGCUACAUUUUUUUGUUCACUCUUCUAUGGUGAUUACUAAAAUUCUUGCCUUAAGAUUGGGAACUGUUUUGGAUCAAUUGGUAGGGAAAGAACAGAAUGCUUUUAUCAGUGGAAGGAAAAUUCAAGACAACAUUAUCAUUGCCAAUGAAUUGCUGAGAGGUUUUGGAGCAAAGUCUACUAAGCCUACUUUAGCCUGGAAGGUGGAUCUCAGAAAGGCCUAUGAUUCUAUUCAAUGGAAUUUUUUGCUUAACAUUCUUCAAUUGUUUGGAUUUGGAAGCAAAUGGAUAGGGUGGAUUCAGAGAUGUAUGUUUCAACAUGAAUGUGAAGCAGGACAUCUUGUGGUUUCUGAAGCAGCUAGAAGGGCUCAUGUUGGGGUCACUCGUCAGUUUUUUGCUGAUGAUCUUCUUGUGGUUGUGAUGGCAAACAUGGCCUCAGUUAUGACUUCAAGGAAAAUGAUGAGACAUUUUGAAUCAGUUUCUGGUGUUCCUAUUUCUGAUAAAGGUUUGAAGAGAUUGGAUUGUAAACCUUUGAUUGAAAAGGUUGAAGCAGCUACCACAACAUGGGCAGGUAUGAAUUUAUCUAUGGCUGGGAGAGUUGAAUUGAUUAGAGCUGUAAUUACUCCUAUGGUCCUGUAUUGGACCUCAGUUUAUUCUAUUCUAGCUGCUGUUGUUAAUAUUAUAGAGAGAAGAAUGAGAAAUUUUGUUUGGGGACACAAUAAUCAAUCUUAUAAGCUCCAUGGUUUGUGUUGGAAGAAACUGUCUACUCCAAAAUCUGAAGGUGGUUUGGGCAUAAGGAAGUUGAUUGAUAUUGAUAAAGCUGCUAAGUGUGUUUUGGCUUGGGAAUUUAUACUUUCAAAGGAUAGAUUGUGGGUUGCUUGGUAUAAACAGAUGAAUCUGAAGAAGGCUAGUUACUGGUCUGCUGUUCCUAGGGAUACUCAUUCUGUUAUUUGGAAGAGUAUUGUGGCUGUGAGGGAUACUCUGAAGAUAAAUUGCAGAUUCCAUAUUGGCGAUGGUGAGAUGCUUGCUGAUAUCCCUUCUGAGAUCCAGAAUUACAUGCAUCAAUUCAAAAUUUAUGAAGGGGAAGAUAAUAUUUUAUGGCAGCACAAUUUGUUCACUUACAAGGCAGCAUGGGAGGCCUGUAGGUUGAUUAAACCAGAGGUUUUCUGGUAUCCUUUAAUCUGGAAUGGUGGACGGCCUAGGUGGGCAGUUUUAGGUGUUUUUGUUUUACAGAAUUCAGUUCUGACUGGGUCUAAUGUUCAAAGAAGGGGUAUAUCACUUUCUUCUAGAUGUUGUUUAUGCUAUAAUAAUGAAGAAACUGUGGAUCAUUUGUUUGUGGAUUGUGAGUAUGCUUGGCAGAUUUGGUGUGAUGUUGCUGAUAUGUUCAAGUGGAGAGUUCGAAGGCAGCAAACUGUUGGAGGUUUUACUUUGGAAUUGGCACAGCAAUUUGCAGUUAAAUCAUGGAGGAAUAAAUUCAGUAGGAUGAUCUUUUCUGCCACUUUAUAUUUCAUAUGGAGUGAAAGGAAUGGUCGGAUUCAGAAUGAUGUUAUUAGACACAAUAGAGUACUCUUUAAAAGUAUUGUUUGGGAGGUUUUGGAUGUCUUGGGGGUUUGUCUUCAAGAUGUCUUGGCCUUGUUUUAG